AUUUCUAUCAUUCUCUCAGGAUUUAUUUCGUUGUCUUUAAAUCUCGGGAUUUAAAAUUUCACUACUUUUUUGACCAUCUAAGUAAUCUGCCGGAUACAAAUUGUCCGCUUUUUCUCCAGGUGAAAUAUUUUGUUACGGAUGUACCUGGUAAGCAAGUGUCCGCCAGUAGGGUUUUUUCUUAGAAACCCUAGUUAAUGCGAAUGUAAAUCUAACCCAGGUAAUCCCCCCCUGUUAAUUCGGAAACUUACUUGGAAGAGACAAAACAUCUUUCACUGAUCCUACUGGGGUUUUUUCACAUGAACUUGCCAUUCUUGAAUAUGGGAUUUGCCCGAGAACUGUGCCUAGGAAGGAAUCUCUCUGAGGGCAUACACACUGUUUGGCAAAUCCGAGAAGCUCCCAAUUUGAAUGUGGAAGCUGUCUGGGUGAAAGAGCAAGAUCAAUGCCUAUGAUAAACUCAAAAGUCAAAACAUCUAAGAAUCUAUUCAGGAUAUUCCAGUUCAUGAUUUAGUGGUGGAUCUGUAGAUUGCCGAGCUUGGCAAGUGCAAUGGAAGGUGAAGGGGAGUUUGAGUUCAAUGAGGAAGAACUUGUAGAUUUUGAGGGAUCUGACUACAGCAUUGAAUUUGAUGAAGAAUUUGGUGAUGAAGAUGUUGGAGCUCCAUUGACAUCCACAAAAGUAGAGAACAUUUUAUAUGAGCAGACUGAGCACAUUAAACAGCCUGAAAGGAGGACAGGCUAUCCUUUUUCUGGAGAUCAGAUAAGCACAGCUGUUUGUUCCACUACUGAAAGGUCUGAGAUAGAAGCUGAAAAUGCUACACCAAAUCUUUUAGUAAUAAGGCAUUCUUGCAGUCAAGAGGGUGUAGAGAGUGGGGAAAUUGAGGAGGAUAAAGAUGAAAAAGAAGAUGGGGCUGCUUCACAAACAGCUUCUAGCUUUGACGCUACAAAUUUGGAGGAUAAAGGAUGGCAAGGCAGGGAUAGAAAACAUUUGAGAGCAGAUCUAGAAGAUGGCGAGCUUGAAGAUGCAGCCAUGCCUGAGCCUUUUGACCAUGAAGGAGAGGCGAAUACAGAAGCUUGCAGAAUAAGUGAUAAAUGCAUAGGUCAAGAAAGAAAAAGGAGGAACUUCAAGUUUUUGUCUGAAUGGCAAAGAGAUGAAAAAGAGAAGGAAUCAAUGGAAGCACAAUCAACUGCAACAUUGUCCAUGCAGAAUCAUUUGAGAGGAAGUUCCUUUGGUGGUAAAAGGUUAAUGGGCACAGUUAAUGUGUUCUCAACCAAGACAUAUAGCUGUUGGCCUGCAGGUACUCGAGGUUCUAACAUGCAUGUAUUCGGGCAUCCACAUGGAAAUCUGGGUCCUGGUGUCAUGGCUCCAACAAGGCCUUUGAUGCCUAGGGGCUUGCAUGGUCCUGUCAACCAAUUUGGUGUUCCUCUAGGGAUGCUUACACCUAUCCAAUUCCAGGAGGCAUUGAUGCAAGAGCAGAUGAUGAUGUCUAAUCAUGCUUUACACCUGGGUGUCAAUGGGCGCCCUUCAUUUAAUAUGGAUGUUCCUCCUUACCCCUUUGUUGGAAUGGAUUAUUUUGGUGCUCGCCCCAGAGGUAUGAUGCAUAUACAACCCCAUGGACCUGGUAUGGUACCUCCAAUAAAUUACCUUGGUUCCUUUGAAAAUACUAGUCGGAUCCAAAGGCCAAUUUUUGGAGUUGGUAGGAAUUUAGGUAGAGGUUCAUAUGCAAAUAUGGGAGGCAGAGGGGGUUCAUUUGCCAGAAAUGGCUUUGGGAGGCCGGCUUCUUGGCCAUCAAAUCCUUUUGAUAUGCCAUCAGCAGGUAGAGGAAGGGGGCGUGGUCAAAUUGAUCCACUAUCCCUUCGGCAUGAGCAAAGCUUAAACGCUCAAAGAAUUCAAGUUAGGGUAGAAGAUAUGGCAGGUCUUGGGCAUGAAGUCCUGAUUACUGAUGUAAACAAUGCAGAUAAAAUGCAGCAGGAUGCAAGGAAAACAUUGAAUCCAAUAGAAAGUGAUAAUAAUGUGAACAGUAAAAAUAGUAAUACCAAUAAUGCUCAACAACAAUCUAACAGUGAGAACAUAGACAAAAGUGGACCACAUUCUGCUUCGAAUGGUACUGUAAAAAAUCGUAGCAUUUCUAAUAUUACCAAAUCAAGUAUUGAAGAUGAUGGAAAAACUACUGUUUCAAGCAUGUUACCAGCUUUUACAAGCAACAGUCGGGAAGCUGGCCCUGGUGCUACAAACAUGAUCAAGCUUGGGACACCUGUACAGCGGAGCAGAGUUUUGUCAGUCGGAGGCUUGCCUGAGGGCACACCUCUUUCGGUUGUUAUUGAGGCAUUCGAGAAGCAAGGAAAGAUUAUGCAGGAUGUCAAGAAGGAAGAAAAAGAGGAUUUGUUUACUAUAACAUUCUCAACUUUACUGGAAGCUGUAUCAGCCAAGCGCCUUUUACACAGAUCAGUUGUUGGGGGUAAGCAAAUUACAGUAGAUUAUUCUGUAUGAGAGGGACCUUCUUAAUUCCUCAAUGGUGUGGAAUCAGCCUUGGUGCUUAGCAGGCUACAUGGGACCAGCCUUGUUGAGCAGAUUGUACGUGACUAUUCCCUGAGUGGGUUUUUCCUGGGAUAGUUUUGUGAAGUUGUUUGUAUAUAUUUAUUCAAUUGAAGGGCUUCCUCGAAUUUCCUAUCUAUCGGUGCAAUCUAAACAAACACAUUUCCUCUGGAGUAUAGGCUAAUGAUGCGUGAAUGUGUUGUGAAAUCUUCAGAUGUUAUCCUUGGGGAUGUUUAGAUUUUUUUGUCACCUUGUUUGUAUUUUACGAGCUUAACAGUCUCAUUUUCUUCCUCAAUUGGAGGCUAAUGAGUAUUGAAUGUAUUUUCUAGUUCUCAGAAGAAUAGGAGGGUUUAAUUGUGUUUUAUUCCCAGAGCUGUUUGGAGUUAACUUUUUCCAACCUAAAUGUCUCUUCUCAAAGAUACAAGUCAAUAUGAGCAUUUAGCUUUUGUCACCAA